UCGUUGAACGUGGAACGGCGUUUUCUACGUGCGUGUAAUCUACGGGCCCCGUCUCCGUGUAAAGUGUUAAAAGCGUUGCUGGUUGUUGUUGUUUCGUUUUGUUUUUGCCGUUCCGGGCGGUCAGGGUGCUAAACGAGGCAUGAACAAAAACACCCGACGUGAACAAAUUAAGCUGUUUGCAGCGGCAUGAAAGCGCCCCCUCGCGGUUUUCGACUAGCGCUUCAGGUGAAUGUUUCGCGACCGGUGCAGAAUAGCUGUCGUCAUUAACGCAAUGUGGCUUUCUAGGAAAAUCUGGCCCCAAGUGAUGAUCGGUUCGAAGAAAAUUCCUAUCAGUGAUUUACCGGAAACGAUACAACAGCAGUGAAAAAUCCUACGGUGUUCUGAUUUAGAGUGUAAAAUGAUGCCACUGGCGCCUACUUCAGUUAUGGCCAUGCCUACGCAGAAACCCCGAAUCGGGUUUAGUAUCGAAUCCAUUGUGGGAGGAAAUCGGAUGAGCAAAUCUCCUCCGCCGCCCCAUUUCUCCCCAAACAGUGAAAGUUCCGAGCGACCUAGCAGUCCAUUUAGUGAUAACAGUUACCCUAGUGAUUUCCCUCCGGGACAUUUACGGUUCCCGCAAACCGCCGCGGAUCUUCAACGUGCCCUCCGAAUACCCAGGGAAAGUUGUUCUCCCAGUGAGUUCAGUCCGCGGAUACAGCGGUUAAACCACAGUUCCUCGCCUCCGGUCGACCUAAACCGUAACAACCGACAUCCGGAUUCCCCCGCAGAAUGUCAGGACCUGUCCCAGACAAGAAGUCCACCCCUUGCACAAACCCGGCUAACUCCCGAAGACCGCACAUCCCCGUCCCCGUCACCACAACCACCAACUCAAGCCACCAAACCUAUUGUAGUUCCUGGUAUUCCCGCGGGAUUGGUCCGUCCAUUUCCGGUAGCGCCUCCUAACCACCUAAAUGACCUCAAGCCCCCACUUCCGCAUCCGCCGUUCCUCAAUCCGCAAGAGAUGGCCAACCUGCACAACCAGCACCUCUUAGCGGCUCAGUUCCAAGCGGCCGCAGCCCUGGCCCACGCUCAAGGAUUCGCACCGGGGCAUCCGCAUCCGCAUCAUCCGAUGCACCAUCCCGGGGCGAAUAUUCCUCGCGACAGUUACCCGCUCUACCCGUGGCUGUUGAGUCGUCACGGCCGCAAUGUGUUCCCGCCACGAUUUCCUGGAAGUUACCUCCUACCGUUCCGGAAGCCAAAACGAGUGCGAACGGCAUUCUCGCCUACGCAACUGCUCAAGCUCGAGCAUGCGUUCGAAAACAACCACUACGUGGUGGGAGCGGAGCGCAAAAGCCUAGCUCAAGCUCUUGGCCUCACCGAAACGCAGGUCAAAGUAUGGUUCCAAAAUCGCCGGACGAAGCACAAACGGAUGCAGCAAGAAGAGGAUGCCAAAUCGGGUGACGGAAGUGGCAAUGGCAACGGCAGCGGAGGCAAUGGUAACCGUUCGUCGAGUCCUGGCGCUCCCUACGACGAUGACGAUGAAGACGAAGAGCUGAUCGACAUGGAGAUGGAUGAUUGUCCAAGCGACGAGGAGCAGGAGCUGAUGCAGCAGCAGCAGCAACAUCACCUCCAUCAGCAGCAACAACAGCACCAGUUUGCGUUGCAUUCGCAGCUGGCUCAGCAGCACCGGGCAUGAGAUUCGGUUCAAGAACGGUUGCUGCGGAUGAUCGUUCUUGAAUGAAUCGAAACUAUGCAUCACCAUCUAGACAUAUUGUAACGAACGGGGGUUCACAUUUCAUACGAAUCGAAAGUUCCUAAUGUUAGGAUUUGGGCAGGAGGAGACGGCAUGGAAGACUCGCUGGUGCCAAACUGUGACCGAUCGGGAGAGAAGGUACAGUAUUGGACAAUACAUUUGCAACUCUGUUGAAUUUCCAUACAAAAUUAUCAAAUUCGGUAGGUUAGACCUCUGUUAUCUAUGGACCGAUUUUAAUCCAGUACACCCAGAAUAAAAUGAACCUAAAUUUCAAUGUAAAAAGGUAGUAACUAUUCUAAAUUGAAUAUUUUUGGGAUUUAACAUGAAUCUAAUAACCCUUACUGAAAAUUCGUACAAUCAUGCAACUAAAUUUAGUCACAAUCAUAUGAGUGCUUCAGUGGCAAUAUUUGUGUGUUAGCCAAGUUAUAUUUGUAUGAAAAAUCGAAAAAGGUUGAAAAUGCAUUGUCCAUUGCUGUAACUGUGCAAAUCGAGUGCCAAAUUGUGCUGUUCAGCAGCCAGCAACGCGCCGAAAUUAGGGCGAGAAAUUAUAAAAAAGGCAACCGUAUAGAUUAUUUAUUAUUUAUUUGUCAAGCGUUUGCAUAUUCGUUCAUACGGGAAAACAUUGAAUAGGCCAAGAAAUCUACAUUUGUAAAUAGUUCUCUGUACAUACCAGUUAGUCGCCGGCGGCGUGCACGUAAUUAAGCUAUCCUUAAAAGAUCAUGUCGAAUACAAUAACCAGGAAUCAAUUGGGUCGAGCGAAUAGCAAGUGAAUAAUUGGCCGAUAAUUGGUGGACCGGGACAGUGAAUGUGGGGGUUGAAUUACGCUAUUGAACGUCUCGUGUGUAGGUAUUGCUGUCAAU